UAACCCACUGAGCGAGGCCAGGGAUCAAACCUGCAACCUCAUGGUUCCUAGUCGGAUUCGUUUCUGCUGAGCCAUGACGGGAACUCCUGGUUAUUUUAAAUAUAUUUGUCAAUAUAGGAUUGUAAGUGAAUUAAUUACACACCACCAUUACAAUAUUAGAUAACCUGACUUUGUAUGUUUACCAUUACCAGUGAGUUUUACACAUGCUUAUGUUUUUAUGAUGCUAUUUAGCAUCCUUUUAUUUCAGCUUGAAGAAUGUCCUUUAGCAUUUUUUUUAGGAAGGUUUAGUGGUAUUGAGCUUCUUCAGCCUUUGUUUGGGAGAGUCUUUAUCUCUCUUUUAUUUCUGAAGUACAGAUUUGCUAGGAAUUGUAUUCUUGGCUGACAGUUUGAUUCUUUUACUAUUUUGAGUAUAUCAUUCCACUGCUGGCCUAUCAAAUUUCUUUUGGGAAAUUCACUUAUAGCUUUAUGGAUGCUCCUUUGUAUAUGGAGAGUCUCUUUUAUACUGCUACUUUUGAAAUUCUUUUUGUUUUUGACUUUUGACAGUUUAAUUGUAGUGUGUCUUAGUGUAGCAUUUUUGAGGUUCAGCCUAUUUGAGGGUCCCUUUGGGCCUUAUGAAUCUGGUCAUUCAUUUCUUCUCCCAGGUUUGGGAAGUUUUUAUCCAUUAUUAUUUUAAGUAGACUUUUUGUCCCUUUCUUUCUCUUUCGGGACUCCUAAAAUGGAUAUGUCGUUUCAUUUGAUGGUAUCACAUGAGUUCCGUAGGCUUUCUUCACUUCUUUUCAUUCUUUUUCUUUUUUUUCCCCUCUGGACAAUUUCAAAUAACCUGUCUUCUCUUUUACUUUUUUUUCUUCUUCUGCUAGAUUAAGUUAGCUAUUGAAACUCUCUGUUGAAUUCUUCAGUUGAGUCAUUGUAUUCUUCAGCUCCAGUAUUUCUGUGAGUUUUUAUUUAUUUAUUUGUUGAUGGAUGAUUUCUAUUUCUUUGUUGAUCUUGUUUUAUUCAUGCAUUGUUUUCCUAAUUUCAUUUAGUUGACUGUGUGUUUUUGUCAUUCACUAAAUUCUUUAAGAGGUUUAUUUUGAAUUCCUGGUUAUAGACUUUGUAGAUCUCCAUUUCUUUAGAGUCAGUUAUUAGAGGAUUUUUAGGUAGUGUUAUGUUUACCUGAUUCUUCUUGAGCCUUGAUUCCUUGUACUGGUGUCUGCUCAUAAAAGUAAGUGGUCUCUUCUGCCAUUUUUACAGGUUUGCUUUGGCAGGAGAAAACCUUCACCAUUCAACUUGGGUUGUUGGAUGUGUCAGUUAGUCGUGUCUGUGGACCACUAGGGCUUGCUGUCCAGAUGUCUGGUUGGGUGUGCUAUGAGGUUGGGGUGGGGAUAACCACUGACUGGGCUUUGUGGUUGGAUGAGUUGACUGACUGGGCUCCAUGUUGAAGCAGGACCGCUGGGUGGACUCCCUGACCAGGCAUGGUUGAUGGUUGUGCUUCACGGUUACAUGGGGCCGUGAGCAGGGCUCUGCAGUUACCUCUGGUCAGGUAGAGUCCCUGACUGUGUUCCCUGGCAGGGUGGUGCCACUGGCUGGACUCUGAUGGGGCAAGGUUGUGGGCUGGGCCCCACAGUUGCUUCUGGAUAAGUGGGGUCUCAGGCGGUUUUCCCUGACUAGCUGAUACUGCUGAUUAGUCUCUGUGUGCAGGCAGGGCCACAGGUAUGGUAUCACAGUAGGUCCUUGCCUCAAGCUGUGUUCUGUGACCAGAUGGGGACAUAGAUUGUGCCUGGGCAUGUCAGCAGGCAUGGCUUCACCAUCUGUAGACAGUGGGGAUGCUCUGCCCUUGAACAGGGUUGUUGGCAUCAUUCUCUGUAUCCUUUAGUUGGGUGGAUCUGGAGACCGUUCUCUGCACAGAGGGAUCAAUGCUCGGCUCCUUGUCUGGACAGGCCACAAGCUGUGUUAAGCAAUUGGGCGGGGCUGUAGGCUGAGCUCUGAGGCUGCUUAGGGUCAUUGUUCAGGCUCCCUGGUUAUGACAGGCCAGAGGCUGUGCUCAAUAGUUGAGCAGGGCUGCUGGCUUGGCCCUGCCCCAGUGGGGCUGUGUGAAUGGGCUCCUAGGCUGUCCAGGUUCUCUGGUCAGGCUCCUGGAUGGUCAGGAUGGGAAGCUACACUCAGCAGUUGACCAGAACUGCAAAUUUCCUUCCCUUUGUGGGUGGGGCUCCACAGCUGGCUUUGGCCUAAUGCUUGGGGACCUAAAUCAGGCAGAAUUUCCAGCUGAGCUUUGUUGGUGUACUGCUUAAGAACAGCAUCCAUCCAGAUCUGAGCUCUGGUUGCUGAAAGCCUUCCCUCCCUUCUUGUUUCUAUCUGAUUCACAGUGGUCUCCCUGAGUCAAGACCCCAGUGGGCCUCCCAGGAAACAUCCCACAAUGCUGGGAGGACUGCAUAUCCAGCUUGUUCCCUCUUUUCCCACUGGAGGAACUGCAGUGGGUCCUCUCAGUGUGGCUCUGCGCUGGCCUGGGGGAAGGGCAGUCUGGUUAGAGCAGUACCACUCCUCAUACCCUUGCUACGAGGUCCUUCCCUGCCUCUGGUCCAGGAGAGUGCAUCAGCCUCAUGUCUGGGUUCUGGGAUUUUCACGGUGGUAUCUUGUCCACUCAUAGCUGCUAGUUGGUCCUCCUGUGAGAGGGACUGAAGUUGGGAAUAACCCGUGUCACCAUCUUGAUGUUACUGUAGCCAGCAGCCUGGUUUUAAAGGAAAUCAGCUGCGUGGAGUCCGUAUAAACUUCCCCAGGCCAUGCGUCUCUCCCUUCACUCUUUCCAUGAGCAGAACUCAUUGUCCCAUUCUAGCUUCUUGUCCCUUUUGUGACUCCUCUUCAAAAUAGCCCUUUAUCAGACAUGGUUCUCUUGUGGAGCAGCAGUUUUAGGAUCCAGUGUUGUCAUUGCAGCAGCUCUGGUCCCUGCUGUGGCGCAGAUUCAAUCCCUGGCCCAGGAACUUACACAUGCUACUGGCAUGGCUUAAAAACUGAACAAAACAACACAACAACAACAACUACAAAAGAAAAAAGAUAGCCCUUCCUUUUGUCCUGCUUUGACUUGGUGAAGAAUCUUGGGGGCCGAAGAAAGAAACACGGGUAUAAUUAAAGAAUCUGGUGUGAAGCACAAGGGAUUGAUUGAAAUACCCAACCUGUCUGAAGAAAAUGAAGUAGAUGACACUGAGGUGAACGUGAGUAAAAAGAAAGGAGAUGGGGAUAUACUGAAGGAUCUUAUGAAAACUGCAGGCACCGCCAAGGUCAGGGAAGCCCUUGGAGAUUACCUGAAGGCACUUAAGACGGAAUUUACAAUGGGGAUGAUUUUGCCAACCAAAGCGAUGGCAACCCAGGAAAUGACUGUUAAGAGGAAACUGAGUGAGAAUACCUUGCAGAUUCAGGCCUCCUCUGCAGUGGCUCUGGGCGUGAGGAUUCCCACGGUGGCACUGCACAUGACGGAAAGGUUUGACACAGCAGUUGAGCAACUGUACAGAAUCUUCACUGUGAAGGAUUUGGUGCAGAAAUUUUCUAAAUCUCCUGCUAUAUUAGAAGCUGAAAAGGGAGGGAAAUUCCAAAUGUUUGAUGGAAAUAUCACUGGUGAAUAUAUAGAAUUGUUAACAAAUAAAAAGAUCGUCAUGAAAUGGAGAUGUAGGAACUGGCCGGAAGAGCACUAUGCAACAGUUGCACUGAAUUUUGUGCCUACUGUACGGCAAACGGAAUUACAAUUGGACUGUAAAGGAGUUCCUGUCUGUAAAGAAGAGAACAUGAAAUUCUGUUGGCAGAAACAACAUUUUGAAGAAAUAAAAGGUUUAUUGCAGCUGACCACCCUAAAUGGCUGAAUUAGGUAGAAGAUUUUAUAAGGGCAUUAUCCUUUUGUAAGCAGAAAAAGUGUCAAGUUUACCUCUUCCCUAUCAUUUCCUUUUAAAAAAGAAAACAAAUAGUUUUAAUUUAUAUUGGAUGAAAUCCAUGAACUUAGAACCGAAAGCAUUGGAUCUUUACUGUAACUAGACUCUCUGCAUUGUUAAAAGCAAGCAACAUGAAAUCAGGUUUAACUUUGCUUCGCAUAGCUGCUCCUCUAGGAACAGACUGAUUCCCUGAGUACAGAUAGUUUAAGUGUCCCACUUGCUAAAGCUUGUCCUAACAAGUUUACUUUUAGCUGUAGUUUUAGUUCAGGAAGACAAAAAAUAAUGGCAUGUUGAUACUAUUCCUUUAUUUUAUUUAGGGUUUUUAAGGUCUGUAGCUCUUAGGUUAUGAAACAGUGGCAUGUUGCAUUCAGAAGCAUGUUAAAGUGAGGGUGAGCAGGAUGUGUAGUUACGCCUCUUCCUGUAGCAGUUAUGAACUUUGGGGUGAAAGAGUCUAUGAAAAAGUUACUUUAUGGACUGUGUACAUCCCCCCAGUCACAGUUUUCUCACUACUGUCAUCUGAGAAGACUGAAACAACGUAUGUAAACAAAUAAAAAGUCAUCACAAUCAGUUUAAUUAAGUGCACAGAAUAGCAAUCAGUCAUGUCAAUAAAAAUAAAACAAUUAUUUUUA